GUGGGCGGCGGCGGGCGGAGCCCAGGACGAGUGAUGUAAGAAAGCGAGGGAUCUCAGUGGGAGAGUCGGGGUCGUUGCUGUGAGACCCCAGGGGUGUGGGGCGGGGGAUCCCAGUCCCCGCUGUGUUUUCCCCGCCCCUCCCCCCGCCUCCUUUACGCCCCUCCCCCCUCCUCCCCUCUGGUUGGAAAGUUUCUAGAAUCUCUUCCCAGCGGCCUUUGCGGUUCCAACAUGGCGGAGCUGACGGUGGAGGUUCGUGGCUCCAACGGGGCUUUCUACAAGGGAUUUAUCAAAGAUGUUCAUGAAGACUCCCUCACAGUUGUUUUUGAGAACAACUGGCAGCCAGAACGCCAGGUUCCAUUUAAUGAAGUUAGAUUACCACCACCGCCUGAUAUAAAAAAAGAAAUUAGUGAAGGAGACGAAGUAGAGGUGUAUUCAAGAGCAAAUGACCAAGAACCAUGUGGAUGGUGGUUGGCUAAAGUUCGAAUGAUGAAAGGAGAGUUUUAUGUCAUUGAAUAUGCUGCUUGUGAUGCCACUUACAAUGAAAUAGUCACAUUUGAACGACUUCGGCCUGUCAAUCAAAAUAAAACUGUCAAAAAAAAUACCUUCUUUAAAUGCACAGUGGAUGUUCCUGAGGAUUUGAGAGAGGCGUGUGCUAAUGAAAAUGCACAUAAAGAUUUUAAGAAAGCAGUAGGAGCAUGCAGAAUUUUUUACCAUCCAGAAACCACACAGCUAAUGAUACUGUCUGCCAGUGAAGCAACUGUGAAGAGAGUAAACAUUUUAAGUGACAUGCAUUUGCGAAGUAUUCGUACGAAGUUGAUGCUUAUGUCCAGAAACGAAGAGGCCACUAAGCAUUUAGAAUGCACAAAACAACUUGCGGCAGCUUUUCAUGAGGAAUUUGUUGUGAGAGAAGAUCUAAUGGGCCUGGCAAUAGGAACACAUGGUAGUAACAUACAGCAAGCUAGGAAGGUUCCUGGAGUUACGGCUAUUGAGCUAGAUGAAGAUACUGGCACAUUCAGAAUCUAUGGAGAGAGUGCUGAUGCUGUAAAAAAGGCUAGAGGUUUCUUGGAAUUUGUGGAGGAUUUUAUUCAGGUUCCUAGGAAUCUUGUUGGAAAAGUAAUUGGAAAAAAUGGCAAAGUUAUUCAGGAAAUAGUGGACAAAUCUGGUGUGGUUCGGGUGAGAAUUGAAGGAGACAAUGAAAAUAAACUACCUAGAGAAGAUGGUAUGGUUCCGUUUGUAUUUGUUGGCACUAAAGAAAGCAUUGGAAAUGUGCAAGUUCUUUUAGAGUACCAUAUUGCUUAUCUAAAGGAAGUAGAACAGCUAAGAAUGGAACGCCUACAGAUUGAUGAACAGCUACGACAGAUUGGUUCUAGGUCUUAUAGUGGAAGAGGCAGAGGUCGUCGGGGCCCUAAUUACACCUCCGGUUAUGGUACAAACUCUGAGCUGUCUAACCCCUCUGAAACAGAAUCUGAGCGUAAAGACGAGCUGAGUGAUUGGUCAUUGGCAGGAGAAGAUGAUCGAGAGAGCCGACAUCAGCGUGACAGUAGGAGACGCCCAGGAGGAAGAGGGAGAAGUGUUUCAGGGGGUCGAGGUCGUGGUGGACCACGUGGUGGCAAAUCCUCCAUCAGUUCUGUGCUCAAAGAUCCAGACAGCAAUCCAUACAGCUUACUUGAUAAUACAGAAUCUGAUCAGACUGCAGACACUGAUGCCAGCGAAUCUCAUCACAGUACUAACCGUCGUAGGCGGUCUCGUAGACGAAGGACUGAUGAAGAUGCUGUUCUGAUGGAUGGGAUGACUGAAUCUGAUACAGCUUCAGUUAACGAAAAUGGGCUAGAUGAUAGUGAAAAAAAACCCCAGCGACGCAAUCGUAGCCGCAGGCGUCGUUUCAGGGGUCAGGCAGAAGAUAGACAGCCAGUCACAGUUGCAGAUUAUAUUUCUAGAGCUGAGUCUCAGAGCAGACAAAGAAACAUCCCAAGGGAAACUUUGGCUAAAAACAAGAAAGAAAUGGCAAAAGAUGUGAUUGAAGAGCAUGGUCCUUCAGAAAAGGCAAUAAAUGGCCCAACUAGUGCUUCUGGCGAUGAAAUUUCUAAGCUACAGCGUACUCCAGGAGAAGAAAAGAUUAAUACCUUAAAAGAAGAAAACACUCAAGAAGCAGCAGUCCUGAAUGGUGUUUCAUAAACUGAAGAAGUUCCUAGUUUACAGUUCUUUUACAUUACAUUUUACAAUAGUGCUUGUACAAGCUUGCCAAAGAUAGAAUAUGGAUCGCCAGUCUUUACAUCGCACUUUCAGUUCCUCCAUUUGGAAUUCAGAAAGGGGAGGGAUCCUGAAGAAAUCAUAUGUUAAACAUACUUUGACACCUACUGUGUUAUAAAAUAUAUCAUCAGAUGUGCCUUGAGAAUAGUAUAUGUAACAUUAAAAAAAGUUGCUGGCUA